AUGUCGAACCAGCAGGUGGGCAUGGUCUACGACCGUGUCAUCCAAGAGGUCUGCGAGGCCUCUCAGGUCGACUUUGAGGAAGGCGGUGUCGAUCAGCAGACGCUGGAAGAGAUGAGAAGGGCUCGGGAGGAGCUCUUGGAAGCCCUCGUGGCCGGUGUUGUCUUCGUCAGGGCGAGCGGUGGCCAGGGAGCGCAGCCAGGCCGGUCGGGUGGCCAAAGCGGGGUUUCCAAGGUUUGGGGGAUUCGCAAUGCUUAUGGGGGAGGCCGCCGCCUUUUGAGCCAUUUUAUACCCACGCACACCUCCGUCCGCCCCGACAAGCCGCUCCUACCCGCCCGCUUGGCCUCUGCGCUGCCGGCCAAUCACACGCCGAGCCUGCGUGUCACACUAGAGCUUCUCGAUCUUCUGCUUUGCUUUUCCCCAGCUAGCUGGCAGCAGAAGCUGUCGCAUCUGGGGGUUGCUCAUUUCCCAUGGGACCCGCCUCUACAGCCCACUCCGCCGCCCCAGCCACAGAAUCCAAUUCUCCCUCCUGCUGCGACGGUUCCUUCAAAUGCACCGCGACCGACACCCCCUCCCCCGCAGCAGCAAGGACCCUCGCAGCCUCCGCCACAUACUGAUCCGUCCCCGGCGCACGCUUCUAUCCCCGGCCAGGUCCCGGCUACGGCGUCGGCGUCCAAUGCCAAUGGCCAAGGUCCGCAGAUCAAAACCGAACCGGGCGCGAAUGGACACCAUGGAUUACCCAGUGUGAGCGCGGUGUCACAGGGCCCAACCAAUCCGCAGGCACUUGCUCGUGAGCGUGCUAUGAACAAUCUUAAUUCCAAAUACGGAGCGGCCGCAGCCAACUCGGUCAGUCAGCUGCAAGCUCAGUCCCAGGCAGCCUUGUCCUUGCCAGGACAACCGCGCCCUCAGAAUGCUCAGGCGUCCAAUGGUAUGCCGCAGGAUGUUAAGCCUCCGCAGGCUUAUCAAAAUAUGUCGCAGCCCCAGAGGCCUCCGUUUAACAGCUCGCAGACGGAUGGCGCCGACGAAGCCCUCUUGGAAUGGAAGGCUGAGGUAGCUCGGAGACGGGAAGCAGCUAAACGGCAAAAUGGUGAAGGGGAUAGGUUGCUCAUGGAGCAGAUAAGGCUUCAAGCACUGCGUCUAGAAGGUGGAGGGCUCAUGCUUCCCCUUGAAGAACAUAUGUCGUCAAAAGUGCCCAAACGCUCGGCAGGAACACCGGCUGCCGCCGGACAGUACGAUGGGCCAGACGAUGAUGAGAAAGGGGAUGAUGAGGAUGCCAUCAAUUCCGAUCUGGAUGAUCCAGACGACCUGGCCGCUGAAGAGCAUGAGACUGAGGACGCCGUUGGGCAAGUUAUGCUCUGCACCUAUGACAAGGUGCAGCGAGUCAAGAACAAGUGGAAGUGCACACUCAAGGACGGGAUCCUCUCUACUGGGGGCAAAGAGUAUGUCUUCCACAAAGGUCAAGGUGAAUUCGAAUGGUAG